GGCCCUUGCAACCUUAGAGUUUCGCCUAAUCGGAGCGCGGCAACCAACCCCAAACUGUAACGAGGUAAGGGUAUUUCAGCUUCUGCUCUUCCAUACAAGAGGACUCCACCAAGCUGGUUGAAAAUCUCUGCUCCUGAUGGAUUGUAAUGCUGCCUUGUUUGAAUCCUAGUGCAUCACAGAGACUUUUUGAAUAGCCAGUUUCUUCUAAUGACGAUUUUGUUAUCAGAUUGGACCUUAAUGCCUAACUAUAUAUACCUUAUUCCUGGUUUGCAUUAGACUUCACCUUACAGGUCCGAAAAAGGGUUCCCAGAGAUCCAAUGUACCCAUGUUCACUUGUAUACGACUUGUACGUUGCCGCUUCCUAAUUGCUCCUUCACCUCUUUUCACAUCAGUCAUCUCUUCUUCUUUCCCUUCUUCAAUGGAAAACACGGGUGCUUUCCACAAGCCUUCUUCAUCCUCUGCCUUUUCUCAUUCCAAUCCAAGCGGUGGUAGAGGAAGAGGAAGAGGACUGGACACGAGGGAUAAUAAGGAAAGAUCAGGGGGCCGUGGCGGUGGUGGCAAAGAUAAAAUUGAUGCUCUUGGUAGACUCUUGACACGCAUUUUGCGGCACAUGGCCUCUGAGCUAAACUUGAAUAUGAGGAAUGAUGGGUAUGUGAAGGUACAAGAUCUGUUAAAGUUAAACUUGAAAACAUUUGCAAACGUCCCAUUGAGGUCUCACACAAUUGAUGAUGUCAAAGAGGCAGUACGGAAGGAUAACAAGCAAAGAAUGGGCCUUUUGGAAGAAAAUGGAGAGCUUCUGAUACGUGCCAACCAAGGCCAUACAGUAAAGAUAGUUGAAACUGAAAGCUUAUUGAAACCGAUCCUUUCAGCUGAUGAAGUUCCAGUUUGUGUACAUGGCACUUACAAGAAGAAUUUGGAAUCAAUUUUGGAGCAUGGGCUCAAACGCAUGAAAAGGUUACAUGUUCAUUUCUCAUGUGGCUUGCCAACAGAUGGCGAAGUAAUUAGUGGAAUGAGGCGAGAUGUUAAUGUCCUCAUCUUUCUUGAUGUGAGAAAAGCUUUGGAAGAUGGGAUGAAGCUUUAUAUCUCAGAAAACAGAGUUAUCUUGACCGAGGGUAUUGAUGGUGUGGUGCCAGUGAAGUACUUCCAGAAAGUGGAGUCAUGGCCAGAUAGAAAACCUUUGUCAUUAUAGAAUAGAACGUCACUUUUCACUCUUUUCUUUCCCUUUUGCACCAGUUUUUCUCUUACUCCCAUUCGCUACACCGAGCCCUCCAUUCCCGGAGGAAAAAGCAAACAGGUUUAGUGCCCUUUGGUAUUCUCCAUCCUAUUUCCCUUUUAUCACCAUGAUGUCCUUAAACUUUUAUUGUGAUUGGUUCAUGAUCUAACGCAUAAUGUUGUGAAGUUGAGUAGUUAAGUUCUACACCACAAAAAUGAACUCCAGCUCAUCUUGGGUAGAAAGGAAGUUUAUAUUUACGGUGAAGGGUUCAGAAUACUGGCAGGUUGUUCAAAUGCUUGUAAACAUUGUGAUAGAAGAAAAGAACCCUUUCAAUCAAAGGCAAGAAUAACUGACAAAAGCAUCCCACGAGCUGGUUUAUCUGUUUUUAUUGACGGGAAAAGAGAAGUGCUAAUAGAAUUCCUGAUUGAACUCCCGCAAUCUGUGAAUGUAUGAUUACUGUUUGGACAUUGUAUUAUUUCACUAUUUAAAAUACUCAAUUUUAAUAUUCGCAAA